AAUUUUCCCAUUUGUGUAUAAAAAUUUUGUUUGAAAAAAUGUCUGGUAUUGCUAUUAACGGUUUUGGGCGCAUCGGACGUGUUUUUCUGCGCGAGGCAAUAAAGCGAGAAGAUGUUCAGGUGGUGGCCAUCAAUGAUCCCUCUAUGGAUCCCAAAUAUAUGGCCUAUAUGCUGCGCUUCGAUUCGUCGCAUGGUAUAUUCCCCAAGAAGAUUGCAAUUGAUGGCAACAAAUUGGUCACUUGUGGCCAAAAGAUACAGAUAACCAAUGAGAUGGAUCCCAAGAAGAUCCGCUGGAAAGAUAUGGGCGUGGAGACGGUAGUGGAAUGCACGGGAAAAUUUACGACACUCGAAACGGCCAAGGCACAUUUGGAUGCUGGGGCCAAGAAGGUGGUUAUAUCCGCACCAUCAGCGGAUGCGCCUAUGUUUGUGUGUGGCGUUAAUCUGGAUAAGUAUGAGCCCAAAAUGAAAAUCAUAUCGAAUGCCUCGUGCACCACCAACUGUCUGGCGCCUGUGGUCAAAGUGGUGCAUGAUAAUUUUAAAAUUCUCGAGGGUUUGAUGACAACGGUGCAUGCUUGUACUGCCACCCAAAAGUUACUUGAUGGUCCUAGCAAGAAGGUGUGGCGCGAUGGCCGCAGUGGCAUGUGUAACAUAAUCCCGGCUAGCACUGGUGCUGCCAAAGCAGUGGGUAAAGUUAUACCCGAUCUGAAUGGUAAGCUAACCGGAAUGGCAUUCCGGGUGCCCACACCAAAUGUUUCCGUUGUGGAUUUGACGUGUCGUUUGGGCACCGCCGCCAAAAUGGAUGAGAUCAAGGCGGCGAUCAAAGCAGCCGCCAAUGAUGAACUGAAGGGUAUUUUGGGCUACACUGAAGAUGAUGUGGUCUCCACCGAUUUCAAUGGUGCACGUUACGCAUCGAUAUUCGAUGCGAAGGCGUGCAUAGCUCUAAAUGACAAUUUCGUCAAACUAAUCGCUUGGUAUGACAAUGAGACUGGCUACUCGAAUCGCCUAAUAGAUCUCGUUCUAUACUCACAGACAUUGGAUAAAUGUGCCGCUGAAGAACAGAAAAAGAAGUGCGAAAGUAAGGAAAAAGGCAAAAACUAAAUAAAUCAUAGAAUAAAUAAAUACGUUUCAAGCUUACCGUUAAACGACACUCGAAUUUCGUUGAAACUGAA